AUGAAUUCAGACAAAGAUAAUGUGCAUCCGCUGCUCACACAUAUUAUUCCGGCAGGCCAUUGUACAUGCCAAACAUCGACCACGUUCAAUUGCUCGGAAUCACUAGCGACAUUGCCCAAGAAGCAACCAUCUACCCCAGCGCCAGUCCCGUCAGCAGAGUGGAACUUUGAAUUCGAUCGGGAUAAAGCAAAUGUGAACCUGAGCCCCUUGCAAUGCAAAACUGCAUUCCCAGGGCUCUUUGAAGACCCAUAUCGGGCAGCAGCAUUUUGGGAUUCUCAGCUCGGCAUAUCCAACGAGCAUCUAGAUAAAAUCGAACUUAAAGAUGGCAUGGCCCGAGCCAUAAUACAUCGGGGCGAGCUUUAUAUAGUCGCCACCAAAGCAGCACAAGAAGACCACAGAAAGAAGAUACUAGCUGUACUAAGUUCCAUGCACCAUGCAUUGUCAGCAACAGCAGGAAACAGAACACAGCCCAGCAUCGAGUUUGUAUUCUCCAUUGAAGACAGGGUCGACGACAUUUCUGGGCCAGGACAUCCUAUUUGGGCUUUGUCCAGGAAGGCGUCCGAAGAGUCAAUAUGGUUGAUACCCGAUUUUGGGUUUUGGGCAUGGGAUAAUGCAGCAAACGCCAUCGGCCCUUAUAACCAGGUGGUCGAUCGGAUACAGCGACAGGAGGUUACUGUUCCUUGGUCAUCGAAGGAGAAUAAGCUUGUUUGGAGGGGCAAGUUGAGCUUUGCACCGAAACUAAGGCGGAACUUACUUGAUAUCGCCCGGGAUACGAGCUGGGGUGACGUCAAGGAGAUUGUAUGGAGCGAAAAGCAGAACUUCAUUAGCAUGGAUGACCAUUGCAAGUAUAAGUUCAUUGCCCAUGUUGAGGGCCGAGCGUAUUCCUCCUCCCUGAAAUAUCGACAAGCAUGCCGCUUUGUCGUCGUAGCGCAUAAGCUCCAAUUCAUCCAACACCACCAUUACCUCCUUCAAUCCACCGGGCCAUACCAGAACUUCGUUGAGGUAGAGCGUGAUUUCUCAGAUCUACCUGCAAAAAUGGAACAUCUACUGGCAAACCAAGACCUCGCAGAACGAAUUGCAAAAAACAAUGCUAAGACGUUCAGAGAACGCUAUCUCACCAAGGCUGCCGAGGCGUGUUAUUGGCGAGAACUCUGGGCAAGCUGGGCAACUGUAUUUAAUGCUAUUAUAACUGAUAGUGCUGUGGAUCGGGGUUUACGGUUCGAGUCUUUUCUGCUUCUGGAAACUCUUUUCUCUGAAGCCAACAAACAUGGUGCCGAUCCACAUAUCAUUACCGAGCCAUGGGAGCGCUGGGGUAUGGAUAUACUGGCCAUAAAUAACGGAGUAUAUGAACACGAAUACCGAUGUCCAGGCGGGAGUGCCUUGUCGGCGGCGGCUCUUGGUGGCAACAAAGAAAUUGUAUCUCUACUCCUUGAACCUGAGUUCAGGCUCUCUCCUUCCUCAUCAGAGUAUCAUAGGGCUAUUCUCUGCGCGGGUAUACCUAUCUAUGACAUACAGUAUUUCAAAGACCAGAUGCUUUGGGAGGCAGUAUGUCACAAUCGAGAAUCCACGGUCCAAUGGCUUGUCGACAAUGGCACCGACAUCAAUCGGGAUGGUCCUCUAAUCCGUGAGCACGGCUGUGCUCUCCACCUAGCCGCGCAGAACGGAUAUGGUAAUUUGAUCCGCCUUCUUCUGGACCAAGGCGAGGACAUGAGUUAUGUAUCUUCCUACAUGUCCCUCACACCCAUGAGAUUUGCGGCCCGAGGAGGCCAUCUAGAAGCCGUACAGGUGCUAGUCGACGAGAACGUUGGAAUCCAGGCGCUUGUCCGAGCUAUAAUGGUCAAUACCUUGGGCAUAAUAUCCAUUCUAGCAGCGGCUGGCGUCCCGCUCAAUAACGAUGAUUCGGACCUUUUACGGGAUCCUGUGCACAAGAUCGAGAAUAUGCGGAAGAUCAGCUAA